CUAAUACAAUUGGAUUAUGUUUCUAGAUUCGUCACAUAGUCACGACUAUCGUUUCGCAGUGCAGUAUCGACAUGUUCGCUAAAAAAUUACAAAUAUCCUCCACCUUGGUUUCCAGAUCUCAGGAUUUACUGAGUUUAGGAUGGCGAAAGCUUCUAGUGCCCGUUUCGUUGUUUGGAGUAAUUGCACUUUUAUUCUGCUUGUGCUACAUAUUUUGGGAUACGAUGGAUUAUAAGAUAAUGGAGAACAACGUUUUCAUUCAAGAUCUAAAUAGCGCUAUAAAGGAAAAUUCAACACUGUCCCAACACAGUUUGAAUGACUCUAUGCAACACAAAACUGGUAAGACCUAUUGUCAAACUGGUCCAUCAUGUAAUACAAUAACCUGUUCGUCUAUCCCGCAAGAUUCUGGAACAGUGGUGUCAGAGUUCAUCGAGAACAAUUUCAAGGCUAUCUGCAAGGAUACAACAUCCGUGAAAUUGUCACUUAUCAAAUGCAAAUUCCCCGAGAACAUGCUUCGGAAGAAUUGGCUGUGCACCAACUUGUCGAUCGAAGAGUUGACGUUCGAGCGUUGCUUCCUCAGCAAAAUAGAGGAUAACGCGUUUUCGUCGUCCAUUUAUGAACAGACGAAGAAGAUCUCUAUGAUCAACAACGAACUCGUCUCUUUGCGCAAGGCGAUGUUCCGUCACUUUAAAAUGUUAGAGGUGUUGAGUAUUAACGAAAAUAUCGUCAAGUCGGCUGAAUUUAAUUUGCUCGAAGAGGUGGCGGGUUCUUUGACCACGCUGGACCUGCGCCAAGCCAUCGACGAUCGAAAGGUGCUUCGAAACAUAACGGGCGGAAACGCGUUGUCAAAGCUUGAAUUAUUGUCUUUAUGGGGGAACUCCAUAUCCGUGAUCGAUGCUGAAUUGUUCGUCGGUGUGCCAAUGGUGAAAUCGCUUUAUCUGCACGCCUCGAACAUUGAGACAAUGUCGCAAGAUACUUUGCAACCGAUGGCUUCAUCCAUAUUGCAAAUAACGCUGUACAGCAACAAUAUUGUCUCGUUACCACAGGGACUGCUAGACCACGUGGUUGAUUCGAAUAAAUGCUUUGGUAUGUUUAUGUACGACAAUCCUUGGCACUGCGAUUGUAGUUUAAAAUGGUUACAGGAUUUCAUGCAAAAUCAGUAUAUCUGUAUGGACCAGUCGAAUGUAGUAAAUUCGGAUAGAAAAAUUCCAAUUUGUAAGACGCCUCAGGAAAAAGCCGGGAAGCCAUUUACGACAGUGGAUUUCUGUUCUCAGUCAACCAUCAAUUCCACCAUAUCCACCACGACACUUAAAUCUACUAAACACGAUUGGAUCCAAACUACUACUAUUACUCCGACUAAAGGUAUAACCAAUCAAACCACCCAGACACCAGAUACAACCAAUAGGAUGGUCCACGUAAAUUGCAGUCUCACCUAUACAUAUAUACAAACUGCUAAUACACGCAAACUUUUAUCCACCGAUGUUCUUCAGUUUCCUCCGCGAUUUCCCCAUUUCUAUGUCUCGAAGGUCUCAGACCGCAGCAUACUCGUGAAUCUGCCCGACCUGAACAAAGAAAUCACGCUGCUCUGGUUCGACAACAAUAACGUCGACAGCUCGCUCGGCUGUGCAAAAAAUGUGAAGUACUCUUAUCUGCUGCAGAAUAUCGAUUCGCAAGCAACGUAUACUAUCUGUUUGCUUGACGAUAACGGAGACAACGUAUCACCGUUGAACUGUUUGGCUGUAACUACUAGGCCCACUUACGAGUACAGGACCUGGUUGACGAACGCAGACAAGAGCUUGGUCUUCCCUCUAUUGAUAUCGUCGUUAAUUCUACUGUUCUUCGUCGGUGCUUUCCUCUCGUUCCUGCUGAUAAGGCGAUACCCAACAUUGCUUCGCGGUAACAAACGGAUCAUGUUGGUGAAACGCAGGAACGUGGACGCCAUUGUGCUUCCGAAGGGCGUCGAUAUGGAUGAGGAGAAACAGAGAAAAUCAAUCUCUGUUUCUUACGUUAGCAAGCUUUACGAGGAUGGCUACGUUACGCCUUUGCCUCCGGAGAGAAUGCUGCUUCCUCGAAGAUCGAGAAUAUCUAGAACAAGCUCUCAAAGCGACAGAAAUAGUUACGUGUCAGAGGUUGAGACAAUAGAGUCGCAACUAGCUUUUUGGAAAUUGAAGAGCGAGCUGGAGAAACAGAAAUCAAUUGCUCCUCCAUUACCACCACAUCCUUCCAACUUAAUUCCUUCCGUCUCUUGGGGAAUAGAUACAAAGGACGACCGUGAUUAUGAAGUUUUUAACUUAAAUUCCGUAAUACCUGAUGCCCACUAGAUCAUUAGCCAUUUUACAACAAUUGAGUAAUGAUUUCAAAGUCGUUUACUGACACAUACUACAUAUUUUGCAAUGUGAAGUUACACAGUUGAAUUUCUUCUCAUUGGAUCGAAUUCUGUAAAAUUUGGCUGCCGGCCGAGAGGUACGCGUGUCAAUGUCAAUUUCAGUGAUCAUGUAUAAACAAGAAGAUUGAACCACUAAAAGAUGUCGAUAAUUGGAAAUAUAUAUAUAUAUAAAUAUAUAUAUAUAUAUCAUAAAUAAAAUUUUAGUUUAAUUUA